AAUCCAAAGGGAAGCGCUCCUGCCGACGAAUUUAUUGCCCUUGGAUCUACCUCGAGAUUCGUGGCGAGAGGUAUAUACUGUAUACAUAUACAUUUUUAAAGCUUAAGAAGUUCAUUUCGUCUCCACCUAAAUCGCGAUUCCUAGGGUUUCUCAUCGUAAUGCAAGUUUUGCAGCGCGAAAUUCGCCGUUGGAUGCUUCGCUGAUCGCCAAGAUUUGCACUCUCUGGGGUUUUUUCUCACCAUGUCGGGACCAUUGGAUCGGUUCGCGAGGCCUUGCUUUGAAGGCUCAUCUGGUAAUGAUGAGAGAAGAGAAAGAAAAUCUGACUUUGAGAACUCAGAGGAUGAAAGAAGAACAAGAAUGGGUUCACUGAAGAAAAAAGCACUAAGUGCAUCCACCAAGUUCAAACAUUCUCUCAAGAAAAAGGGCAGUAGAAGAAAGAGUGAUGGUCGAGUUAGCUCCGUUUCAAUAGAGGAUGUUCGGGAUGUUGAGGAGCUCCAGGCUGUUGAUGCAUUUCGACAAGCCUUAGUAUUGGAUGAGUUGCUACCGGAACAGCACGAUGAUUAUCACAUGAUGUUAAGGUUCUUAAAAGCAAGGAAGUUCGAUAUUGAAAAAGCAAAGCACAUGUGGGCUGAAAUGAUUCAAUGGAGGACAGAUUUUGGUGCGGACACUAUCAUGGAGGUUUUUGAAUUUAAAGAGUUGGAUGAAGUUCUGAAGUAUUACCCACAAGGAAAUCAUGGCGUGGAUAAGGAGGGAAGACCUGUUUAUAUUGAAAGAUUGGGGAAAGUUGAUCCAAACAAACUUAUGCAUGUUACCACGAUGGAUCGGUAUGUAAAAUACCAUGUCAGGGAGUUUGAGAAAAGCUUUGCAGUUAAGUUUCCAGCUUGUUCCAUUGCUGUGAAAAGGCACAUAGAUUCAAGCACGACUAUCUUAGAUGUUCAAGGCGUGGGUCUGAAAAAUUUUACCAAGGGCGCACGUGAUCUUAUAACGCGACUCCAAAAGAUUGAUAGUGACAACUACCCUGAAACUCUCCACCAAAUGUUUAUCAUCAAUGCUGGUCCUGGGUUUAGGCUGCUGUGGAAUACUGUAAAGACUUUUAUAGAUCCCAAAACAACUUCUAAAAUUCACGUUCUUGGAAACAAGUACCAGAACAAGUUGCUUGAGAUUAUUGAUUCGAGUGAGUUGCCAGAUUUCUUCGGGGGUACCUGUACCUGUGCUGAUCAAGGGGGUUGCCUUCGUUCUGAUAAAGGGCCAUGGAAAAACCCAGAAAUCUUGAAGAUGGUUCUUAGCGGUGAAGCACGGCGGUCGAGACAAGUUGUUAAAGUUCUUGACAGUGAAGGGAAAGUGGUUGCUUAUGUUAAGCCGAAUUACCCGAUGAUAAAAAGCAGCGAUACAUCCACUGCUGAGUCUGGCUCUGAAGCUGAAGAUAUUGCUUCACCAAAAGCAAUGAGGACUUAUUCACAGCUUCGAUUAACUCCUGUUCGUGAAGAAGCUAAGGUAAACGGAAAGGCAAGCUAUGUUGGGAGCUUCUCAGGGUACGAUGAAUAUAUUCCCAUGGUCGACAAGGCUGUUGAUUCUGUUUGGAAGAGGCAAGCAUCCUCUCAAAAGCCUUCUAGUCACAAAGCCAACGCAGGGACUGUUCCACUACCUGGUGUUCCAAAGGCACCUGAAGGAUUUCGGGAUAGGUUUUUGGCAGUGGUUAUGGCCUUCUUCGUGACCCUUUCCCUGCUCUUCCGUUCAGUAUUACGCCACGUUACCAAGAAACUCCCUGACACUUCAUCGAAGGGUGGACAAGCUAUUCAUGAACUAUCCCUAGAUGUUGCACCCAAGGAGGAGUUCCGGCCCCCUUCCCCAGCUCCUCCAUUUUCAGAGGAGGUGCUCCUAUCCUCAGUGAUGAAAAGACUGGGGGAGCUUGAAGAUAAGGUUGACACACUUCAAGCAAAGCCAUCUGAGAUGCCUUAUGAGAAAGAGGAACUGCUGAAUGCUGCUGUUUGUCGUGUGGAUGCCCUGGAAGCAGAGUUAAUUGCUACUAAGAAGGCUCUGCAUGAGGCUCUGAUGAGGCAGGAGGAACUGCUUGCUUACAUAGACAGUCAAGAAGCAGCUGAGUUUCGGAAAAAGAAGUUUUGCUGGUAAAAUAUGAUGUGAAGGAGAGAGAGGCUAUGCGGCCUGGAGAUAUGUUUGGCUGUUGGAAAGGUGUCUGUAUGUACUUGUUAACCCACCCACCAACAUUAACCUUGGAGAGAGCGUGCCACGUUAAGCGAUAUGGCUUUCUACUGAGAUACAGUACUUCUGUGUUGAUUAUGUGGAGUUACUGCUUUGUAUUUGUGCUUGUACGUUUGUGGUUUCUCUUGUUUGAACGAAGCCUGUCCUGAAAUGCUUGGAUGAAUGAGAGUGUGACUACGUUGCUUUUCAAA